AUGGAUGCUAAUGAAGAUAACGGUAUCAACAAGACGCCAUUAAUGGAGCAAGCGGAUGAUUUGACGAAAAGAGAAAUGAUUGCGGUGAAGAUUGAACCUGAAACGGUUGAGAAAGAAACUGUGGAAAUGAAAGCAAAUCUUGAUAUAGAUCCUAUGGAUACUGUUGAGAAUAAAGGCGAUAUUAUCGAAACAUCUACCUCAAGUAAUAGCUACAAUGUUGGAACGCAAUUCGAAAAAGAUUCUUUUAAGCGUUUUGAAAUGCUGCUAAAGAAGACAGAGAAUUUUUCGCACUGUUUAAGUGCAGGAGAUGUUGAAACUGUUGAUGUGAGCUCACCAAACAGUAUGGGAGCGAAAGGACGUCCUAGGAAUCAGUCUGAAGGUGAUCACCGCCAUCGUAAAACGGAAAAGGAAGAGGACGAAGAAUUGAUAAACCAAGUGAAAAAGAGCGAAACACUGAUUCGAUUUGAAAAAACACCAUUUUAUAUUGAAAAUGGUGAAAUGCGUGACUAUCAGAUACGAGGACUUAAUUGGCUUAUUUCAUUGCAGCACAACGGCAUUAAUGGGAUCCUCGCUGAUGAAAUGGGUUUGGGUAAAACAUUACAAACGGUUGCGGUGAUAGGCUUCAUGAAGCAUUACAAAAAUGCAUCUGGACCACAUUUAGUCAUCGCUCCUAAAUCAACGCUACAAAAUUGGAUUAAUGAAUUUGGAAAAUGGUGUCCUUCACUGAAAGCCAUCGCUCUUAUCGGUAUUGCUGAAGCACGAGCAGAUUUAAUACGUAAUGAAAUUUUACCUGGAAAAUGGGAUGUUUUGGUCACAUCGUAUGAGAUGGUUUUAAAGGAAAAAUCAUUACUAAGGAAAUAUGUAUGGCAGUAUCUUGUUAUUGACGAAGCACAUCGUAUAAAAAAUGAACAUUCGAAGCUGUCAGAGAUUGUUCGCGAAUUUAAGUCAAAACACCGUUUGUUAAUCACAGGAACACCAUUGCAAAAUAAUUUGCAUGAACUAUGGGCAUUACUUAAUUUCUUAUUACCGGACAUGUUUGCACUUGCAUCUGAUUUCGAUUCUUGGUUUACAAAUGAUAUGAUGGGCAAUCAGGAUCUCGUUGCACGUUUACACAAGGUUUUGAAACCAUUUUUAUUACGUCGUUUAAAAUCGGAUGUCGAGAAGACUCUUCUUCCAAAGAAAGAAGUUAAGAUUUAUGUGGGUUUGUCAAAGAUGCAGCGAGAAUGGUAUACCAGGAUCUUAAUGAAAGAUAUCGAUGUCGUUAAUGGUGCCGGCAAAUUGGAGAAGGCACGAAUAAUGAAUAUAUUGAUGCACUUACGGAAAUGUUGUAAUCACCCAUAUUUAUUUGAUGGUGCUGAACCGGGUCCACCAUAUACUACAGAUCAGCAUCUUGUUGAUAACUCAGGGAAAAUGGUUCUUUUGGAUAAGUUACUGGUGAAACUGAAGGCACAAGGCUCUCGUGUCUUGAUAUUUUCAUCGAUGUCUCGAAUGCUGGAUUUAUUGGAAGAUUACUGUUGGUGGCGCGGUUAUCGCUACUGUCGCUUAGAUGGACAGACUGUUCAUGAUGAGCGUCAGAAAUCCAUUGAUGAAUUUAAUAAGCCAGAUUCAGACAAAUUCAUUUUUAUGCUUACAACACGCGCAGGUGGUCUUGGAAUUAAUCUUACUGCUGCGGAUGUUGUUAUCAUUUACGAUAGUGACUGGAAUCCACAAGUAGAUUUACAAGCGAUGGAUCGAGCACAUCGUAUUGGACAGAAGAAACAAGUUCGCGUUUUUCGCUUUAUAACAGAUAACACUGUAGAUGAAAGAAUCAUUGAGCGAGCGGAAAUGAAACUUCAUCUUGAUUCAAUCGUUAUACAACAAGGACGGUUGACCGAUUCCCAGAAAGCUUUGGGCAAAGAAGACAUGCUGGAUAUGAUCAGACAUGGAGCUGAUCAAGUGUUUGCUUCCAAAGACAGUACAAUUACCGACGAAAAUAUAGAUACUAUUUUGGAAAAAGCAGAGCAGAAAACGGAGGCGCUGAAUAAGAAAAUUGCUUCAAUGGGAGAGACAUCGCUUCGAAAUUUCGCUUUGGAUGCACCAACUUUCGAUGCUGAUAGCAACUACACAGUUUACAAGUUUGAAGGAGAAGACUAUCGUGAGAAACAGAAAAAUGUUGGAGGGAUUGGCUAUUGGAUUGAACCACCGAAGCGAGAACGGAAAGCAAAUUAUCAAGUCGACGCCUAUUUUAGAGAGGCGAUGCGAGGAGGACAUGCAGAACCAAAAGCACCGAAAGCACCAAGGCCACCAAAACAACCUAAUGUUCAGGAUUUUCAGUUCUAUCCAAAGCGAUUAUUUGAGUUGCUUGAAAAGGAAGUUUAUUUGCAUCGGAAAACAAUCGGAUAUAGAGCACAAAGACCACCAGAUCUUGCAACUAAAGAGGCGGAAAGGAAACAAAAAGAGGAGCAGAAAAAAAUUGACAGCGCCGUACCACUGACUGAAGAAGAGCAAAACGAAAAGAUCCAACUGCUAACACAAGGGCAAAGUAAUUGGAGUCGUCGAGAAUUUCAACAAUUUAUCAAAGCGAACGAAAAAUAUGGAAGACAUGAUUUGGAAAAUAUUGCGAAGGAAAUUGACACGAAAUCUGCAACUGAGGUUGAAGAAUAUGCAAAAUUGUUCUGGGAACGCCUCGACGAACUAUCUGAUCACGAAAGAAUCUUAGCAACAAUUGAAAAGGGCGAAGCCCGAAUACAACGGCGGCAGAGUAUCAAGAAGGCACUAGAUGAAAAAAUAGCUAAGUACAAAGCUCCAUUUCAUCAACUUCGAAUUCAGUAUGGGACGAAUAAAGGCAAAAAUUACACGGAAGAGGAAGAUCGAUUUAUGGUCUGUCAAUUGCAUAAGCUUGGUUUUGACAAGGAUAAUGUUUAUGAGGAGCUGCGACAAGCAGUUCGUUCUGCACCUCAAUUUCGGUUCGAUUGGUUUAUCAAAUCGCGUACAUCAACGGAACUUCAACGUCGCUGUAAUACACUGAUCUCACUAAUUGAAAAAGAAAUGGGUGAGGUAGAAGUUAAACGAAAGCACGGUCAGAAAUCAUCGGCAAAUACUCCGACAACUAAUACCAGUGAGCCGAAAGUUACACCAGCCGCUAAGUCUGGUCAGAAACGCAAAAACGAGCAAUCAACAUCUAAAGGAUCCAGUUCUAAACGUCAGAAGUAA